GUCGCUUCACUUUGUCUCUGAAACCUCGAGAAGCUCCAUAACCGCGGAUUCUCCCGCCUCCCAAUCGCCUCCACACACCCUCCCUGCGACUCAAUUCAACUCUACAUCCAUCGUGUUACCCGAAUUCAUUCACACCGCGCCAACCGCAUCCUCCCCUAGGUGCCCGCUGUCGAAUCCGAACCGAACCAUGUCUCGUGCCUCCAAGCUCACCCUAGCGGCCACGUCCCUGUUCGCCGCCAGCACCGUCAUCCUCGUCCAUUACCAGCAAAAGUUUGAGAAAGAGGCUAUGCAUGAAGGUGUCGUCCGCGACAUGGAGCAACAACGUGUCAAGCGGGAGCGACAACUCGACUUCGACAUGCAAAAAGCCAUUGAGGAGGAAUACAAACGCGACCAGUCCGUCCACGAUUCGAUAGCUGCAGCAGACAAAGCAACCCCAAACAGAUGACCUUGAUCUCGGGUGGCACUCCCGGAUGGCCAUCAGAAACCGAUCCAACGUGUAUAAGAUGUAAAACAAAAAGAUACCGCUCCACCACUUGCGACUAUGAGU